GUGUGGGGGCGGACGCGUUCCUCCCGGCCGGCCAUUCUCGUGUCCAUUCAGCCGUCCCGAUAUUCCUUUUGUCUGAACUAUACUUCCAUGAUCGUAGUGUUUUAGUGCGUUUUGGAACUACUUUUGUGCAUAACCGAGAAGAUCGGCAGAUCCUUGUCCAGUGUAAAUGUUAUUGAUUUGAGAUUUCCUUCCACAAGGUCAAUAUUGUGUGGUUUUAUAAACAAUUUGUAUAAGUGUAUAUUUUUGUAAACAUUUUGAAGUGUUGAGUGUACUGUGUUUGUGUGAUGGAUAGUAGUUCGUAGCUUACGAACUGAAGUAUAAUGUCGAAGACUCUAAACGCGUACAGAAUAAAGAAGAUAGAAUCGCUAGGCAGGAUGACGGCGAUGACGCAGGAGGAGAUGGUAGCUGGCGCCCGUACUGUGGCUGCCGGCUUGGAGGCAUUAAGAGCGGAACACGCGCAGCUCCUAGCCGGGCUGGCUGCUAACACAGAUCAUGAGGGGGAGAAGGCUUCCCUGGUGAAGAAGAGCAUUGACGCCAUCGAGCUUGGUCUGGGAGAAGCACAGGUCAUGAUGGCGCUAGCCUCCCACCUGCAAUCUGUGGAGGCGGAGAAACAGAAGCUCCGUACCCAGGUGCGACGGCUGUGCCAGGAGAACGCCUGGCUCCGGGACGAGCUGGCGGCUGCGCAGCAGCGGCUCCAGGCGUCUGAGCAGCGCGUCAGCCAGUUAGAGGAGGAGAAUAAACAUCUGGACUUCAUGGCUUCCAUACGCAAGUACGACAGCGACAUAACGGAGGAGGCGGAGAGUCGCGGGCAGGCGGACAACAAGCGCGACGACCCCAUGGUCGACCUGUUCCCGGACGAUGAUCACGACGAUAACAGGAAUAAUAAGUCGAUGUCCCCAACCCCGCCGUCGCAGUUCGCGCAGCAGGUGAACGCUGGCUACGAGAUCCCCGCGCGCCUGCGCACACUCCACAACCUGGUCAUACAGUACGCGUCCCAGGGCCGGUACGAGGUCGCCGUGCCGCUCUGCAAGCAGGCGCUGGAAGACCUGGAGAAGACCUCGGGCCAUGACCACCCAGAUGUUGCCACCAUGCUGAACAUCCUGGCUUUGGUGUACAGAGACCAGAACAAAUACAAGGAGGCCGCUAACCUGCUGAACGACGCGUUGUCCAUCCGCGAGAAAACGCUUGGCGAGAACCAUCCCGCCGUUGCCGCCACGCUCAACAACCUCGCCGUGCUCUAUGGCAAGAGAGGUAAAUACAGGGAAGCGGAGCCGCUGUGCAAGCGCGCGCUGUGCAUCCGCGAGGCGGUGCUCGGCCGCGACCACCCCGACGUCGCCAAGCAGCUCAACAACCUCGCGCUGCUGUGCCAGAACCAGAACAAGUACGAGGAGGUGGAACAGUACUACCAGCGCGCGCUCGAGAUCUACGAGACGAAGCUCGGCCCCGACGACCCCAACGUCGCCAAGACCAAGAACAACCUCGCCUCGUGCUACCUCAAACAGGGAAAAUACAAAGAAGCGGAGACACUAUACAAGCAGGUUCUGACGCGAGCACACGAGAGGGAAUUCGGCACCAUCGACGGUGACAACAAGCCGAUCUGGCAAGUUGCCGAGGAGAGAGAGGAGAACAAACACCUGCAGAAAGAGAACGCACCGUACGGCGAGUAUGGCGGUUGGCAUAAGGCUGCCAAGGUGGACUCGCCAACGGUAACAACAACACUCAAGAACCUCGGCGCGCUGUACCGCCGGCAGGGCAAGUACGAGGCCGCCGAGACCCUAGAGGACUGCGCGCUCAGGAGCCGCAAGGAGGAAAAGCAACCUCAUGCGUUGGACAUCGUGAAACAGUCGCGAGCUCGCGGCCGCGGCAGCCGGGACUCGAUGGAGGUUCAUCAGGACCAUGACGAGGGCACGAACCAGGCGAGUGAGCCGCGUAUGAACCUUAAAUCCAAACUGUUUAACGCGUUAGGUAUCAACACCGGGAACACGCCGCAUCAGUAGUCUAGACUAAGAACUAAAACCUAGGAACUAUGUUUAAGCACUAUUUCGCUUCAAUGUGAAUGCUCCUCGGCCGAGUCGCUCAAUAUACGAGGACCAUUCAUGUCUCACACUCAAAUUUAGCCCGCCAUUUUGUAUUUUUUUUAGUUUUUUUUUUUAACUAGAGACUAUAGGAAUACAAAACGGUGAGCCGAGUAGCUUAGAAUAAUUUAUUAGCAUGCGAUUCGAUAGUAAUUUUAAGA